AUUAUAAUUUAUUUCCAUAAAAACAUCUUUAAAUAAUUUACAAAUAUGGAAAACCAAUUCUCAAUUAAUUUACACGUGUGUUUUCGUUUACAUUAACCUAUAUCGAGACUUAUCAUGGAAUAUUAUUUGUGUGUGUUUAAAGUUUUUAGUGAGUGAAUUCUUAAAACUUGGGUGCUGAUUUUAAACUUAUAGUGAUUGUGAGUGUUUUUUUUAUAAAGUGUUGUUGAUUAUUAAGAAAAUGUUGCCGGAACAUAUCAAAUUGGCAGGUGAUGGAUUUUUGGAAUUAAGUGAAGACAGGGUGAAGACUCUUGUUAAGUCUGAACCGAUUUCGGAUGUUUAUCAUGUGGAACAGACACCCUUUGCAAGAGGAAAGUUUGCUUCAGUCCGCCGCCUCGUUCACAAAACUAGUGGUGUACCGUUCGCAGGAAAAUUCAUCCGGCGCAGGCGCCGCGCUGCAGAUACCAGUAGGGAGAUCGGUCACGAGAUGGCGGUGCUGGACCUGUGUUCUGGAUCGGAACGCGUAGUGCGGCUCGUCGAAGUAUAUGAAACCAGGGCAGAAGUCGCUCUGGUUUUGGAAUUGGCUACUGGAGGUGAGCUGCAGCAUCUUUUAGAUGAAGAGGAGCAUUUGAGUGAAGUGGAUGCUCGUAGGGCUCUGCGACACACUCUUCGGGGUCUUAGAGACCUUCAUGCACACAACAUAGCUCAUUUGGAUUUAAAACCACAGAACUUAUUAGUAUGCAAAGGGGAAGACAGUGGUGACAAUAAAGCAAACACUCUGGGUGAUGUUAAACUGUGUGAUUUUGGAAUAUCUCGACUGAUCCAACCUGGUGUCGAAGUCAGAGAAAUUAUGGGUACUCCUGAUUAUGUCGCUCCCGAAGUGCUCCAAUAUGAACGUCUCUCCUUGGCUACGGAUAUCUGGUCUGUCGGUGUUUUGACUUAUGUCCUUUUAUCAGGUUUCUCACCAUUUGCUGGUGACAGCAAACAGGAAACCUAUCUUAACAUCACACAGAAUGAAUUGGCGUUUCCUCAAGAUCUGUUUCAAGACGUUUCGGAAACUGCCAAAGACUUUGUCAGGAGCUGUCUCGUUUUACACCCGGGAUCAAGGCCUACGGUCGAACAAUGCCUGGAUCAUCCUUGGUUGAUCGAAACUUCGAAUAUAGAGAUCGAAAAACCCUUGGCAAAAUCAACGUCCGAGGAAACUUUACAGAACGAUUCAACCCCGAGCGAAGACACCACGUCAGAAGAAGAACCAGAAGACGAAAACGAAAUUUGUACCAACGGUUUCACGAAUAUAAAAGACAUCGAAGAUAAAAUCCAAUACCCAGAAAUAAUAACAAAAGCAUCUGUCUACAUAUCUUUUCCUGAUGCGCCAACUACACCAAAGGUGUCUCGAAAGAGCCAUCUAGCGCUGCACACCUCCAACACCGUUCUGAGCUUGUGCAAAAAGUUCCAACAAGACAACACGGAUGGCGAGGAGGAUAAACAGACUGAAAAUGAUAAAAACGAUGAAGGGAAUGAAGAGAAUAUUAAUUUGGGUAAUUUUGAAAAUACAGUGGCGUACACUGUGACUUGUUUGCUUUGUUCGCAAUGUGGGGGCCAAUGUUGUCAUAUACCAAGGAAAUCUUUAACGAUGGAACGGGGAAUCAUUUGUUGAUAUAGAGCAAACGUUAAAGUUAGAUUGUAUGAACAAUGUAUGAAUUUGUAUGGUUGUACUUGAAAUACUGUUAAAAACUACAAAACCCAUUUAACAUGUAUUUUUCAUUUUGAUUCAACUGGUUUGAUUUAAUUUUAAUCAUUUAUUAUUUAACUGUAGAUGUAUUAUUAUUUAUAAGCGCAAACUACAAAUUUAAGAAUG